AUGGUGGAGCAAGAUGAAAAACGCAUACUGGAGACUCCAUCAAUUGCCAGCACUGACACAUCCUUCGAUCCUGAGGUGCUCAUCUCAAACGCUACAUACGCUACGACGUCGACUACAAACGAUGGAACGCCACUUCCAGCCGAUGCAUCCUCGCCGGAAGAACCACUUGCGCCGCAGCCGAGGCGUCCUUUGCGCAGACGCAUUAUGUCCUUAGAAUUGCCAGUUUUUUUACUUUUUCUUGCUAUAAUGAUAUCCGGUCCUGUGAUGCUGAACCAGGAGCUCUAUCAAACCUGUGUUGCCGUCUACCAUUACAAUGAGAGUGCCUGUGAGCCUUUGCGUGGAAUCAUUCCCAAGACGGAGGAGGCGAAGGUAAUGCUAAAUAAUGUAUGGCCCGGCAUUGUUGUUCUGUUCAUAGGGCCUUGGUCGGAUAAAUUUGGACGACGACCGGUGCUAUUGGUGACAUAUGCUGCUUCAUUUAUUGGUUACAUUUUAACUGCAACAUUGGUAAGCGUUUCUGAAACGCUGUCGCUGAACCCUUGGUUCUACUUGCUAGGAGGCAUUCCAUUCACGAUAGUUGGCGGAGGUACCGCAAUGAUGACUAUCGUCUUCUGCUAUAUAUCUGAUGUAUCCGAUAUGGAGAGCAAAGCUAAGCGAAUGUUCUAUAUUGAUAUGACAAUGGGUCUGGGUGUAGUGGCUGGCAAUGUAUUGGGCAGUUACUUGUUGCGCUUGACUAGUGUUACCGUGAUAUGUGCGGCGUCCGCUGUGCUUGUCUUAAGCGCCUUACUGUACGUCUUCUUUUUUAUUGGCGAAAGCUUAGAUGUUGAAGAAGCCAGUUUUUCGCACAAGGCCCGCAACUUCUUCGAUAUUGGACUUAUCAAGGCGCUCGUGCGGGCAUGUGUGGCGCGUCGUCCAAAUUAUGGUCGCGCCAUUAUUGGUUGUACAAACUCCAUUUCAGUAGUUAUGAAUUUCAUAAUGUCUGGGGAAAUUAGCAUCUUCUAUUUGUUCUUGCGUAACAAAUUCAAUGUAACAUUACAACAGUUCACCUACUAUAAUGCCGCUGCGAUAACAAUUAAAAUGCUGGGAUGUGGUGUUGCCUUUGGAAUAUUCAGAAAACUCUUCAAAGUAUCAUUCGCCAUGGUAGCGAUCAUUGGACUCGCUGGUUGCAUUUUCGACAGUUUAACUCGUGCACUGGCGCAGAGCUUCUGGCAAAUGUAUAUGGCAUCCGGCUUUGGUUUUAUGUCAGGCAUCACGGCUCCCAUGUUGCAGGCAAUUAUUUCGUUUGCAGUGCCAUCAAAUGAAAUUGGCAAAGUCUUUUCUCUAUCAUCAUGCGUGAAUACGCUCACACCAUUGGCUGCUGCCCCUUUAUAUACGCUGGUCUAUAAUCACACACUUAACAUUUAUCCUGGCUUAUUUAAUUUUAUCAGCGUAGGACUGUACGUGGAGUGCAUCGUUGUUAUGAUUUUAGUAUACAUCUGCCAGCGACGAAUUGCCAACAGAUCCAACGCGCUUGAAUCGGGGAGCGAAACGGAAGAAUCUCAAAUAAGAAAUAUUCCUACCGAAACAGCUCAGCCAGCAAGGACAUCUUGA